CCGCGCUCGGGCACAGACCCGCGGGGCUGAGCGCGGCACCGGGGUGCUGGCAGGACCGCCGUGCCCUCGAGUUUCCCUCCGGGGCAGCCCCUCGGCCCGCCCACGCUCCGCGGGCGCGGGGAAGGGCUCCGCGGGCGCGGGAGCGGCGGCGCGGCCCGGGGCGGCGGCGGGAGGUUUCGGCGCCCCGGAGGAGCGAGGGCGGGCGGGCAGCCCCGCAUGGCCGCGGCCCCCGCGCCCCCAUCGCGGGGCGGCGCCGAGCGGGAAGCGAGGCUGAGGGCGCCCGGCGGCACCGGGGCUGCAGCCGAGGCCGGGGCCGCGGCGCCAGCAUGGAGCAGGGCGGCCGCCGCCGAGCCUUCGGCAGCAUCUGCCCCAACACGGUCCAGGGCCCGCCCGCCCGCCUAGCCAAGAAGCCGGCCCGGCCCGGCGGGGGCACGGCGUGGACGCCCCCGGCCGUCCUGAGCCCCCGAGCUCCCCCGGCCCGUCCGCGCCGCAGCGGCGCCUCGUCGGCCCCCGCCGCGCCCGCCCUCGUGCUCAGAACCAUCAACUGGCAGGAUUUGGCAGCCUCUGCCCCGAUCCUUCCCACCAACCCAGCUGGCCCUGUGACCCUGCAGCAGGGUCCCUGCUUCCAGGAUGGGCCAGAGUUUGAUUUCCAGGAAUUCACUGUUGGUGAUUUUAUAUCUGAUGUAUCCACAUUGAUGCCACCACCUCUGGAUUGUACUGACUAUGGUUUUUCACUUGGUGAGGAGGUGGCUUUUGGCCCCUGCACCCCACAGCUGCAGAGUGGUGUGUUGGUGCAGGUGCCCCCGCAGCGCCUGCCUUCCCCUGAGCCGAGUUGGAGGGACCUGGCAGACCAGCACCAGAAAGCACUGGGAGAUGCCCUGGAAGCAAACAGCCAGCUGCAGGAGACCCUCACACAGAGGCAGGAAGAGCUGGUGACACUGCGGGAGAGCAACGUGCAGCUGAAGGAGCUGGCAAGUCAGGCCAGGCAGCUGGCUGCCGUCCUUGACACGCUGAUGCUCCCGCCAAGCGCCGACGGGACAGCCCUUCCUCCUCCUCCUCCUCUUCAUCCUUUACCUCCUUCUCCCGCCUCCGCUGCCCCGGCCGGGACCGGCCUGGAGGAUGCGGAGGGCGUGGACGCCAUGCUGCGGGCCGUGUCGGAGAGGUGCCGCGCCGCGCUGCGAAGCCUGGGGGGCAGCCCCGGGGGCAGCCCCGGGGGCAGCCCGGCACACAGCCCGGCACACAGCCCGGCACACAGCCCGGCAGGCAGCCCCACGGCCAAGCGCCCGCGGCCGGGCCCGCGCCUGCACGGCGCCUUCCGCGGGCUGCGCACGGGCCGCGGCGCCCCGCGCCCGCCGGGCGGGGAGCUGGAGGGGGGCGGCAGCCUGCGGGCGGCGCUGGGCGAGGCGGGCUCCAUCCGCACCCUGGCCUUCCCGCAGGGAAACGCCUUCACUCUCCGCACGGCGGCCGGCGGGCACCGCUUCCGAUGGGUGCCGCGCUGAGGGCCCCGCGGCGCCGGGCAGGGCCGUGUCCCGGGCAGGGCCCGUGUCCCGAGCAGGGCCCGCAGCGUGAGGCUGGCAGCGCGCCCCGCCCGACGGCACGCUGCCCGGUUUCUCCUGGAAUAGGGAUGUUCGCUCUUUCCCCCGCUGCCGGAGAAGCGACGGGACGAGCGCGGCAGAGGUCGUCGUGCCUCAGCGAGGGUCGCAGGCUUCGUGCGCUGUGCGGCUCGCCGGCCGGCAGCUUGCCGUCAGUAGCUUCCUGAUGAGUGUAAUGAAAGUAGAAAUUAAACGGAGAUCUGCCCGGUUUUACCCAGAAGCUUUCAGUCAGCUGAGCAGACAAGCGUAGCUGGCAGGACAGUGGCUGGAGGUGGCCAGUAUGAAAGCAGAGUGAUCGUCCCAGGUGCUUAAACACGAUGCAGCUGCUCCAUAAUGGAAUUUUACACCCACAAUGUUUACAAAGUGCACUUGUAUCGUUCAUGUGUGCAACUGUAUGUGUAUAUUUGUACUCGUUAUGAUGAUUAAAUAAUGCUUAAAAUUGCCAUUUUAUUUUUACACAUUUAAUGUAGACUUCAUUUUGCAUCAGGUAUGCAUAUUUACUUUCAUUAAGGGAGACAGCAGAAAGCAUCUCUGAUAGAGAUAGAAAGUUUUAGAAUAAAACAUGCUGCUUUUAACAUCCAGUGGUACUAACUUAUGUAAAGAGAAAUGUAAAGAGUAAUGUUAUACUGUUCUGAACGGAUACAUUUCAUUUCACCCACUAGUCUGAAAGCUGAGCCACUAAUAACACUCCUGAAACAGUACCUGAUAUUUUUAUAUUUCUGUGGCGAGUGACACACUGCUCCACCCAGGAUAGAGGUAUUCUCCCUGUGAAGUUACUGUUUUUUCAACAUUCAGCUUUUCCAGUUGCACUGCAUGGGUUCCUGCACAUUAGCAGCAGUCCAACAGUGACAGGCUUGUAUGAUGGUUAAGCUGACAGCACAUCAUCACCUCAGUGGAUUUCCCAGGGGAGUUGAAACCCUGCACAUGCUGCUGUGCUUUUGGCAGGCAGAGAUGUACUCGGAAGGAGAAUGGUUGUUGUUGCCAGCACAACAUGUAGUUGUAUGGCUACUUAGAGACUGCAAAAGUGGUCAUUGAGUAUCUGAGGGCCUUCAUGUCUUCAGCACUGACAUUUUUCUAGCAGGAAUGGUGCUGAAGCCCUUUCUGGGAUGCUACAGGCUGGCAUGAUUUCAGAGGCAUUUACACUUCUGCAGAAGACCUUUGCCACUUUGGCCAAAAUCCUGUAUGAAAGCUCUGGUUUGACAGCAGGCAGAAGAGACAAAAUCUUCCUGUCUGCACUGAAUUAAACAGGGAAUAAGUUGAUAACAAAAGAUAGCUCUUAUAUAUAGAUAUAUAUGUAUAUACACACACAUAUAUACUAUGUAUAUAUAUACACCAUUCCUCUCUGUGUGUUUGACAAAAUAAAGUACAACAUGUACAGUGUGUACCAUUAUAUAAUGCUCGUAAGAGUAUUAAUUCCUCAGAAAUGAAGUGACACACUAAGUGUGUAAGAUGCAGCAAUGAAAUAAUCACCCGCUUGGAUUGUGACUACUGUUGAUCUUGCUGCUACUUCAAGUCCUUUCAGAAUUACAAUUAUGUUUUUACCCAUUUUUUCAGUGAACCUGCUAUGGCAUUUGUACUGAUUACUUUUACUCUGUUUUCUAUGGUAAAAGGAACCUUGAUUAUUUUUGAGAUGUAAUCUAAAAGUAGUAGAAAUUAUCAUAAAUGUCUUUUUAAAUCUAUUUAAUGUGAAGACCUAUCAAUUGGAAGGGCUGAAAAUAGGCUAAUGACAAGAUGUUUCUAAGUGAGACUCACAGGAGCAUCACCAGACGCACAAAAAGUGUUGGGUAUGCAACAUGGUCAUGUGUUGGGCUACAAACAUAUUUCUAGCAGUACACUAUAUACAUCUUUAAUCUAUAAUGGUGUAUUUUAAAUUGAUACUUAUCUAUCCACUUCCAUACAGGAGCUGCAUAAAAAACGGGCAAAGUUCUUGCACAGAUUACAACAGCCUGAUUACUAUUUUCAACAACAGUAAAUUAGAAGGGCUCCUGUCAGGCAGGAGUUGAUGGGAUUGCAGGGAACAAAAGCUGGUCCCUUGACACCCCUGUUUCAUGGUUGUUUCACCAGAAUCUGACCCUGAAGUAGCUGGAAGUCUACCUCUAGGAAGCCUCAGAUCCAAUCUUUGCUUUGUUUUGUGCCUUUAAAUGUUACGCUUUAUGAUUAUUGUCUGGGAGAGGAUCUGUGCAGAGACCCUGGACGUGCAGGUGUGAUGAACUGAAGAACAUGCUGGUUUGUGGUUUAUGCUCACUGUGAUUUUCUCUCUCUGGUGGUGCAUUGUCCAUGCAAUGGGUGAAGCGAGUUAGCCAAGACCCCAGGAGAAAUAAAGUAAAGUAGAUGCAAUAACAUUUCAUGAGCUUUUUGCCUGCUUGUGUUAAAUUAGCUUUCCCCUCCUUUCUCGUCCCUGCUGGUGCCAGGCCGUGGGGUGUGUGGCUGUGGAAGUGUGAUAGUGCAGAACUGCAGACAACUGGAACAUUUUGAGGUGAAAGAGAAAAAUACCUUUUAAUUUGGGAGUGCCAGGGUAAGGUUUUACUGAUCAUGUGUUGAAGACGCAUAUCAAUUUAAUGUAUACUUUGUCUGGGAACAUGGGUUUUUCCUUGGAUAAAAUCCUUAGGUAUUAAUUGAAAGAAAACACCAGACCCCAAGGGACAGAUUGAUUAAAACUACAUACAACUAACUUCUAGUAAGUAAGGGCAUAUUAAGUCUGUCAUUUUAAGGAUGGAAAGGACAGAAAGGACAUGGAUGGAGAUAUUUAGAAAUGGCAUGCGGUUUUUGUUAUAGCUAUAAUUUCUGAAAGUCUUUUUUUAUUAGCGAUUUUGCUCAUCCCUUGAUCAAAAUCCAAGACUGAGUGUCAGCAUGGUACUUUCCUGCAGGGCUUGUCAGGAUUGUUGAAUGGAUCAUAAAGAGAAAAUAUUGAGCAUUCACAGGUCUGAGCUACUCUCCACAUGCCAGUAACAGAAGUGUUCUUGCUUUGACCUUCAUUAUCAAGUUAUAUGUAAACACAGGCAAACAUUUGGUGUCAUUUAAUUGCUCUGGUCACUGUUUUUGAAGCACACAGGUUCAUGCAAGUCCCAUUCAUAUUCCAUUCACAAAGAUGCAACUGAUGCUCCUGCUGGUUUGCCACAGAUCCCGUGGGGUGGCAGACAGGCAUUGCAGUGGUUCGGGCAUUCGGGGUCAUGUAGAGACCAGACUCAAACAUGGCAUCAUGUUAUAGCAGCAGUA